AUGAACAGCGCGACGCGGUUCGACGUGCCGGACGCCGACUUUUGCAGCUACUUGCUUGGGACGUGGAAGCGGACGCUCGAGUGGCGCAACUUUGGCUCGACCUUCAAGCACCUCCGCACGACCAACAACGUCGUGCUCAUCGAGGAAGACACGCUCGCGGCCAAGCAACCCAACACGCGCUUUCUCAAAUGGUCGUUUGGGCGUGGCAUCCGCAAGAGCGAGCUCACGAAUGCGUACACGAUCCAGUUCAUCCCGGACGAGCAAGGCACGUUCAUGGAGUGGAGCUUCGAAGGCGUGACAUGCCACGGCCUCUUCAAGCCCGAGUCGAGCGUCGCGAUCUUCAACUUUUGCCUCCAAGAGUCCAUGGUGACCAUCACGUAUCGUGUGCUGGAUGCCAACACCAUGGCCGUGUGCAUCGUGGAUGUUGACAGCGACCACGCGCCCACUAUUCAAUAUGGCAACAUGUAUCGCAUCGAUCCGUCCAAGUACCACCCGGACGAAGUCGUCGUCGACGAGAUAAUGAGCUAG